CAUCCUCCGGUGUUCAUGCCCUUAACCAGUUGUCAUUUGUGACUAUGAUUUGCAAAGUUUGUCCAGUCUUUUAUCUCUGCUGCUUUGCUUCGUCAACAUGUGUUUAGGAAUCUAUGUCCUGCUGCUUUCUUUCACAAUAGACCUGUGCAGAGUAGAGUCACAGCAUUCAGUGGUCUUGCACCGUGAGAAGAGAAGAUGGAUUUCUGGUACAUUCCAAAUAUCUGAAGAAGAUCCAGGACCUUACCCUAAAAAAGCAAUAAAGCUUUCCAAUGACAAGUCAAAAAACCAUACAAUAUUGUUUUCAAUUAAAGGACAAGGUGUGGACACUGAACCUGAGAAAGGCUUGUUUUCAAUUGAUCGCGAAACUGGACAAAUAUUUAUUCAUCACAAAGUUGAUCAUGAGAAAACAAAAGAGUUGACGUUUCAAGUCGAUGCUCUGGACAUAAACACUUUGGAAGUUCUAGAUGAUCAUAUGUUAUAUAGAAUUAUGGUGAUUGAUAUCAAUGAUAAUGCUCCUGAAUUUAAGCAAGAGAUUUACAAAGUUGAUGUAAAAGAAAAUACACAUCCAGGUGAAGAAAUCUUCAGAAUUGAAGCAAUAGAUCCUGAUGAUGUAAGACGUGGUAAUGGAAAAGUUUCCUACUCAAUUGUUUCUCAAAGUCCUUCAAUCCCAUCAAAUGUAUUUAAAAUUAACUCAGAAGAUGGAUCCAUACUUCUUCAAAAAUGUUUGGAUUAUGAUACUAUCAAAUCCUACUCUUUAAUCAUUAAAGCAAGAGACAAUGGACUGAAUGUACUGUCCUCCAAUGCAGAAGUACAGAUUAACGUGAUAGAUUCCAAUACACAUCCUCCAAUUGCAACUGAGCAGGCUGUUUCAGUUAGUAUUGACGAGGAUGACAAUGAUAUAUUUUUAUUGCGAGUAAGUGUUACUGAUAACGACACUCCUCAGACACCAGCUUGGAAAGUAAAGUACACAAUAGUUGAAGGGAAUGAAGAUGAAAAUUUCAAGAUUGAAACAGAUCCAGAAACAAAUGACGGAAUUCUGUUUCUAAUAAAGUCUUUGGAUUACGAGCGUGGUCCUGUGAGGAAAGUUAGGAUAACAGCUGAAAAUGAGGAACCAUUUUUUACAUGCCCAGAAAUAAAUGGCAAUGCUUCUAAAGGAUUGUCCGAACUUACUGCAGUUGUAACUGUGAAGGACAAGAAUGACCCUCCUGUGUUCUUACCUCCGGUAUUAACUGUUCAGGAGGUUGAAGGUCAGGAGCCUGGAAAGAUACUGGGAAGAUUUAAUGCAACUGAUACUGAUGAAUUCUUUAAGCAUUCCAUCAGAUAUGUAAAAGGACCUGAACCAGCUGAAUGGAUUGCUGUAGAUUCUGACACUGGUGUUAUCUCAACAGUGAAAAAACUGGAUCGAGAAUCACCUUAUGUGAAUAACAGUGUUUAUACAUUUACAGUUUAUGCAGUUGAGGAUGGUGAGAUUCCGACAACAGGGACUGGCACAAUGUCUCUUUCUCUGAUUGAUGUUAAUGACAAUCUACCUUAUCUUGUCAAAUCAUCCCAAGCGAUGUGUGAUGAUGGUGAAGUCCCAAAUAUAAUCAUUACAGCACAGGAUGAUGACCUGGAUCCUUUCAGUGGUCCCUUCACAUUUGGACUGUUAGACAAUGAACAAAAUAUAAAGGACAAUUGGGAAUUAACGAAAGCAUCAGACAACGCUGCUCUGCUUGUGAGGAAAAAGAAAAUUCCCAUUGGAAACUACAGUGUGCCUCUCAAAAUCCAUGAUAGGCAGGGGAGAGCCCAAGAACGCUCUUUGAAUCUGCGCAUCUGUCAUUGUCUUGAUGGCAAAACAUGCCAUGUUCUAAAGCCUGGAACAACUGCCUUAGCAGGACCUGGGAUUGGAUUGCUCUUUGCUGGUUUAUUACUUUUGCUCUUGGGUUUUUGUUUAUUUAUGUUUUGCACAUUUACAAUAAAGAAGGCUCCCUUUCCAUUACCUAUUGAUGAACCUAUGUGGACUUUGGUUAACUAUAAUAAUGAAGGAGGUCAUGCAGAGAGUCAGACAAUACCAAUUGACCAUUCACCUCAAUUAGUUUUCAACGAUGCUGGAGUCGAUGCAGGAAGAAAACUCUCAAAUAAUUCUAAUAUGCAAAAAUAUGCUCAAGCUGUGCAGACAGAGAAAGAUGUUUUUCCAUAUGAUGGUGGCUCGUCGAAACAAAGUAAUACAUCACAAGGUCAUGGCUUGAAUCCUUGGGCUAACUGGCGCUAUUUGGAGACUUCAUCGUAUGUAGGUGGCCCAUCCAGAUAUCCUUCACACAGUUACGAUUCAAAAGCUUGGGACUCCAGGAGGGAUUCGGAAUGUUUGCCAUAUGGAGGUAGCAUAUUGAGACCAAUCAACAAAUUACAAGGACAUGGCACAAAAACUUGGGCUCACAGGCAGUAUUUGGAACUGGACAUAAAUGAUCUAGAAGUGAACUAUGAGCCACGUGUAUAUAGCUAUGAAGAAGAUGAGCUACGUGAGCCAUCUCUUGACGCCAUCAGCAUAGUUGAAAGUAGCAAUGCCUCUGACUACUUGAACAACUUGGGUUCAAUGUUUGUAACACUUGCAAGAAUCUGUCAGGAGAAGUAACCACUGUAAGCUCAAAGGCACCAGAAAGAAACACUAAACACUAAUGACAGCCAUUUACAAAUUAUCCACGUUAUCUUUGAUUACAUUUUGAUUGAAAUAUUUUUUAAAGUGAAUACAUCUUUUUUCCCAAAAUUUGUUAUUUGGUGUGAAUAAAUUAUAAAAUAAUUAUGUUGUAACCAAAUUAAUAAUUGGGAUAAAAAAACUUUAAAUAAAAAAAGGUCAAUGUUGCAUGUUAAACUGACAAAAAACCAUUUUAAUUUUUAUUCCCUUCUGAUUUCUAAAUAAAUAACUUGUACUACAUCCUGUACUUAAGUGGAGUAGUUAAAAGAUGCAGGGAUUGAAUACCUGCCAGAGUUUUCUUCAUUGUCUAGUGUAAUUUUGGUGGAAGAUCCAAGAAAACUUUGGAAAAAUUGUGUAAAUAACCUUUCACUCUAGAGUUUUGUGGCUGUCUUAUAGCUUCAGCAGAACAAUGCCAAGAAUCACCAUGAAAACUGAACUCCACAAUACUCUUUUUAAUAUAUCCAAAUGAAGACCCAGUGUUGUGCAUUUAGUUAAGAAUAUGCAAAUGGCAAAUGUUCCAUUUUUUUUAAAGCCCCCGACUGAGAAGGACGAUUGAAGUAUUUUAUACUAUUAUUUGGUUCAGGCUGUACUGUCUCUAUUCUUAUUUUAUUUGAAUACUAUCACCUAACUUGUUUUAAAUAUUUUAAUAUAACAGGCAAAUGUUAGGAAAGAUAUUAAAAAAUGCAGAGGUUUUGCAAUAGAAAGCAUUACCUGCAAAAUCUUCUUUUAUAUAAAGUAACAUUCAAUUUCAAAAAUUACACUUUUUUUGUUCAGGAAAUCUCCAGCAUUGAAACAGGGCUAGAUUUUCCUUUGCCACUCCACCUAAAGCAAAUGGGGUGAUGGUGGAAAACAGAGUCAAAUUGGUAGUGAGACCAACCACUAUGUUCCUGCCCUGACUGCAAUUCCUUACCUCCAGACCCUGCUAGGACAAUCGCAAGUCACCCCUUUCCUACUCAUUGGAUAUAGUUUACAGCAGGGGAGUUGGGCCUUGUAAGCCACUCCACUUCCCUGCACUUCACCCCUACUAUUGCUAACCCUGGGGACUGUGAGGAGAUGGGAGCUUUUACUCCCUGGAGUGGCACAGGGCCUAUAAUUGCUCUUUUUGAAGGGAAAGGAUAUAAUAAUAGGCGCCCAUCCUUUUGAUUUUGCCUUGGCUUCUUACCUUUCUGCACAUCGGUGCAGUUAAAGCCCCUAGGUUUCCAAGUUUCUCAUGGGUCAUCAGGUCUCUUUUGCUACUUUUAAAUAGUCCAACAAACUCACCACCAGCUUUUUCUUUUUCAUUAGCAGUGGGGUCCCCCUUAGUGAGGGAGUUCACACUAGGAGGCAAACCUAGGUGCUUGAUGACUUGGAGUUAUGAAAAUAGAUUGGGAUCACAGUAGGGUCAAACGUUGUGUGGAAGCCCUGCUCCACCAGUAUCCCAUCAACAAGAGAAAAAUCCAGCUCAGAAUUGCUUUGAUGAGAUUGAAGCAAGAUAUAAAAUGGUAGAUUUCACUCUUGGAAUUUGAAAAUUUUCUGCAGUUCUUAGUGAAGAAGCAUUGGAUAAGCUGGGAUUGAUCUAUGUAUAUUCUACUAAAAUAGAUAGUUAAAAGUAAUGUAAAAGAUACAAUAUGAAUAUUUACCUAUUUGAAGAACAAUUCUUUUGGAAAAUAGUUACAUUUUGAAAGUUGUUAUUUUGGCUUUGGUUUUUAAGUUCCUAACCUUGAACAUGUUUCCUGACUUAAUACUUGUUUACAAAUUAUACAUUUUAUUUACAUAAAUAUGGUGAAAUAUAAAAUGUCCUGUAUGUUCAUUAAUGUCCGGAAUGCUGCUGGCUAGUUACUAAUGGCAUAGAGAAACAGUGGUACAUCAUUUUUUAACUGACUUGGCUUCAUCCUCACCAAUUUACCUGUCAUAGAUGUAACUAUCCAUUAGAGUAUUGGUAGGAUUGAUCGCCGCACAGUCCUAAUGGACACAAAGUCCUUUUUUUCACACUAAGGACACCCUUCUAUUGUGUUGAGUGGCACAGCGACUGUGUGAAAUGGAAUAGAUUCAGAAUGGAUCUAGCAGCUCAAAACUCUGCAUCCAUGAGGUGCUGUGGACCAUCACCAGCAUCAGAAUUGUAUUCCACCAUAAUCUCCAAUUUUAUGGACUAGCAUAUGCCUCAUUCGACCAUUAUCAGCAAGCCAAACCUGAUUCAAUAAGGAAUGUGGAAGAGCUUGCAAGGAACAGCACCAGGCAUAUCUGAGAAUGAGAUGCCAGCCUUCCAGAAGGAAAAAACAGCUUGGACCAGUACUCUUAUUUCCAAGUUUUACAGGUGUUCCAUUUUAAGGUAUACUAGACCAUUUCAGACCAGUAUUCUUAUUUCCCAGUUUUUACUGUUUUUCGUUUCUGGGCUGGAGAAGCUACAGCAUAGGACUAUUUGCAUGCUAAAUAGUGGAAGCAGCAUACUAUAGACAGAGGUAAUUAAUUCCACAACCAAUGAUUUAGAUCAAAGUUAUGCAGUCUGUGGGCAGUCAUGGGGAGUAGAUUUUAGGCUGCUAGAGUUUAAUUCAGCUUGGCCAAUUUUAGGGAAUUUUUUAUAUUGCAUUCACAUUAUACUCAGUGUAAUAAACUAGGUCAAGAUGUCAUUUUGUAUUAAGAUGUGGUCAAAGAAGCCAUGUUGUGUGAUUAACACAGCAUUACAAUCACACUAUCUCAUUGACACACUGACAUUGUUCAACAUCAUUGCUAUAGAUAGUAACCAGCUAGUAGUUAUAAGUAGUGAUACUCAAUACGUAAUUGAAAAGUAAGUCAUUACAUUUAAUUAUUAAGGCUGGAUGGUGUGUUAGCAUCUUUUAAGUUUUAAGUUUAGUGCAAGUUAAUAUUUCACAAGUGUUGCUAUUAUCUGUAAGGGACAGGAACAUUACAGUGCUUCAACCUUGACUGUUUGCAAUAGAUGUAUGAGACAUGAAUGGAAGAUUGUACAAAAAGAAGACCCAAUUGUCACAUUCUCUGAAACAUUUUCACAAAUAUGUAAAUCCAAUUAAAUUGAUUUAAUGUCACAAACAACCAAUCAGUUAAUCACAACAGACAUGAAGUGAGCUGAGGUGAUGCAAAAAUCAAGGCAUAAAGUUGAAGAGUUUCGGAGAAAGAGAGAACCGGCUACUAAGUGUGAUUGAUUAUCAGGAUUUAUAUUGCAAUUGUUCCUGGACAGGUUUUGAGAGAUUCAUUUCUGAGGCUGUGGAGGGGGAACUUGAGAUUUUAUGUUUCAGUUUGGGUGCCAGCGAUUGGAUGUAAAUCGGAAUCUGUAAAAGUCAAUUUUGUACCUUGAUAAGUAUACUUUUGUCUUUUUCCUUUUUUUCAAUAAACUUUGAUAUUAUUUGUUAA